UCUGCCGGAAGCGCUGGCAACUGAUUCCCAUUUUCGCCAUGACUGCAAUGGUGAUUCCCUUUGCGAUACAAGAUCCUCAGUAAACAACGUCCAAAGCGUUUAGCGAGGACUCCAUUCCCAACGCCUCUCUCGAAAGAAUACCGGAUUUAAUCUGGUUAAGAUGGCCAAGCGGAAUAGCUGCCCUCAUUACCACGUCCCUGUUCACCUGCACUGAUACGUUGUAGAAGGUAUUGUAUCUAAGAAGGAACGACCCAGAGAGGGCCGAGGAGGAGGACGACGACCCUGAUGCCGUGAAUAGUCGAUGGUCCACCAUCCGGGAGUUGCCGGGGCCAACGCCAGCGUCAAGGAAGGAGUCCCGACGGCAACGUACCGCCGACAAGGCGGCUGCGACGCCUGGGAAGACGCUCAACACAUCCUAUGGCAGGGUGGUCAACUGUGCUGCGCAGCGGCGUUUCUGAUACCUCACCGAUGCGUCGCGUCGCCUCUGAUUCUCCGCAGUCUGCUCACCAUGAGUUUCUUGAUGACGAGUGUCUGGGCGGGCCUGGUGGUAUGCGCUCCCGAUGUGCUCGCCUGGCACCUGACCUGCUUCAUCGUGAAUGCCGCACAUGCCUUGUACCUCGCCUGGCAGGCGCUGCCUCCCAGGCUACCCAACGAACUACGGGGCCUCUACGACAGACUCUUCCUGCCUUACCAGGUUGGAAAGAAACGAUUUGCAACGAUUGUCCGUGCUGCAGAAAUCAUGUCGCUGGACGGCGACCACAAGUACGCUGUGGAAGGCGUCUCACCUGCGGACCAAAAGGUUUCCAUCCUCCUGUCCGGAAAGCUACAGGUAACGUGCGAAGAUGUUCUUCUACACUACAUACAACCUUUCGAGUUCAUAGAUUCUCCAGAAUACGAGUCCUGCCCUAUAGGUAGCGACAAAAUGUUUCAGGUGAGCAUCACAGCGCAAGAGCCGUGCCGCUAUCUUUGCUGGUCCAGACGGCGCCUUCACAACGUGCUUCGACUCAACCCAACGAUGGCAGCCAUUCUGCACAAUCUGGUGGGCAGAGACAUUGCGCUCAAACUUUACUCGCUGGCCGAGUUUCACCAGCUGGGCGCCGAUGGGCCUCGGAUCAAGGAACCGCCCGAUUGGUGGCGGCAGACCAUACCCAGAAGUCUCAGCGCUGACGCCGUGUACACGGGACCCAAGGGGAGGCUACGGUCGUUGGCCUGGAGGGCUUCGGCAAAUGGGGACACCAACGACGCCCUGACCAAAGCACUCUUGCCCAGGCGAUCAACGAAGACGCAAGCAACUGCAAUGUACCGUGCUGGAAACGCGGCAGGCCAGUCGUCGCUGUCCGCUUGCCAACAGCCCAUCCAAAGAUCAAGCAUUGUGAGGAUUGGACGCAACGGCAAGGUGGCUGCUAGUGUGCUUCCACAGGACAUUGCAGAGACUUCGCUUUAGCUGCUCAAAGGCUUUGUAUCCGUACUUACAUUUUGUUGUAUAUAGCCCGUGCAAGAGAAAUGUGUCGCUGAAUGGUUACCAAUGCUGAUAUGUUGCCGAUAUGCUGCUUUUUUGGUUGGUGCAGAUCAGCGUGUUAUGUCCAUAUACGAUCCAAGUCUUUUCUUUACGUUGUGCGAUAACUACAGCACAGUUCAUGAUAUGUUCUCGACAGCCACCUGAGUGGGAAACACAACGAUGCCUAGCAAACUGUAGUGUGCCAUAGCCCGUAGUACACAACCUCGGGAUUACUCGCCAUGGGGGGCUAAUGUUUGA